GUUCUCCAGCCAUCCAUCCGCAGUCGCUCCGACAACGGCCGCCGUGUUGCUCUCGGCGCUUCUGCUGCUGCUGCAAGGGGGAGAGAAGAUGGGGCGAUAGACAGUGAGGCCGCUGAUGGUGGCACAGUUGUAGACGGGGCACCAGGCGACGGCAUGGUAAACG